AUGCCAUAUGAAGAAGGCACGAGGGCUGGGAUACUGCUAGGUUGCCCAAGCCUAGACAGGUGGAGUCGGGAGGCAGAGGUCGAGUUCGAACCACGAACCUCCCGGUUGGUUAACCGCGCUCUAACCAAUUGGCCCACCUCGCCCCCAUUUAGACGAAUAUUGGUUGCUGAGGACACCAGAAGAACUGUUUACCGUCAAGACCCUGACAUCGUUGUUCAUUCUCUAUUGAACUGUCGUAAUUCGGACGCAAAGGUCCUAGCCUUCAUCUUAUGGCUCAACUACGUCUCUCCGGUUAGGGAUUAUAAUAUAUAA